GUUCGUUGCACGUGCGGGAAACCCGUUGCUCGCGCUUAUCGUGCGCCAGCCAGAUGACCGCGUUUGAAUCAGCCGAUAAAAUCGUGUCUCGAUCGCGAAUCGUUCGCGUCGGGUGACGUAUCCGCGGCAACGAGGAGCCACGCGAUUACCAGCGACCGUUAUCGUCGCGCCGAUGUAUUUGUGAGAGGAUGGCGAGGGACGUGGGACGUUUAUCGGCGACGAUAGCGCGGCUAUAUAUAAGGCCGGUCGGUUCGUCGUUGACAUUAGUUCAAGCUGAUGUUCGGUGCGACCAUACCGCGACACGGUGGCUCUUCUUUCGUUCUUUUCCCGUCGACUCUUCUUUCCGUCCAGCCGAAUGCUCGUCUUCGCGGGAGAAUCGAGCAGACAGCGAUCGAGAUAGACGUCAUACCUACGCCUGUCCCGUUGGGGGUCAACCUCGCGAUUCGAUAGGAGAUCUCGGCACGACGAUAAGGGGCUAACGACCAUCCAGCAUCCACCGAAGGACGACGAGAUACGAAAGCGGAAAGAUGGACGCGGUGUUAUUGUUCUAGCGUUGGAGCAACAUCCUUCUCGACGUAGAGAUAGGAGCGAUUAUCUGGUCUUUCCCGGAGGACCUAGGCGGAAACCGGAGCGGAACCGCGGUGCAGAACCGCGGACGAGGAUACGAGUGUUCGCGUUUCAUGAAUUUAUCGUCGCGGCCCAGCCUAGUUAUGUUCUCGAUCGAGUACAGCGAGCAAUUCCUGAGCUACCGUAUACUCAAGUCGAACCGGUUCAAGUACAUCUGACGAUACGGACUCGGACUAAGUGCGAUUAAAGGGUGCGUCCUAACAGCGGCGAGAGUGUGUACGCGAGCGUACUGUGCCGGUGCUCGACUUGUCGUUGCUACGGUCUGCUCAGGGAAACAAAGGGAAGAAAAGGUGCUCGCCACGAGCAGGCAAGACCUGGAAAGUCUUGUUCACCGUGAACACCGGAUGCGCGAGUCGUUUCCUGCCACGAUUCCAGGAAGCGACAGGUGCCUCCGACGCUCCGACGACGAGUUAUAAGAUCGAGCGAGGAUUCGAAUCGAUAGGCGAACACCGCGAAUGACACCAAAUUCCUGCUAGAGAGAGAACAUCCCGAAAGGAUAUAGGCUAGUUUUCCGGCAAACACGAAGGCACGCGAAAUUGCUCGACAAAAUUUCUUCCUCGAUUCCGAGGAGUACGAAACAAUCGAAUAACGCGUCUCUGGUCGAAUUGGUAUCUCGUAAUUGUUAAAAAGAUAAAAAGAAGCAAAAAUCAGGGGAAUUAAAAAUGAUCGUUUACGUACCGGGUAGAAUGCCAAACCACGUUGGUCCUUACGGAGGCGCUCGUUACCCGGGCACCCUGCUAGGAGCAGCAGUCCCGGAUUUUUACAGCCCGGUUAUUUCCGGUUGUCCGAUCAGCCCUAACUCCAGCUACUACGGCAGCCUCGGCCUUCGUCAGCAAACGUCGCUGGACCUUCCGGUUUGGCCGCGAAGGAUGCCGGUCGAGGACGAAUUGGGAACGUCCCCGUCGGCCACGUUGCCAAGAUUGGGAGCAUCGCCGAACAGCCUGGCGAACACCGGUCCUCCGAGUCCGGUGCACAGCGACUCGGACGCCUCCAGCUCGAGUUUGGAGCUUGGUUCCAUCCGUCGCGGAGAAAACGCCCAGUUGAAAUGCAGAUGGCAAAAUUGUGGUCGGUGGUUCACGUCCUUGGAACAACUAGCAGGACACGUUGCGCGACUCCACGCUGCGCCAGGACCACGUGGACUGUUUUAUUGCGGCUGGGAAGGAUGCGCGAGGGGCGAGCGUGGAUUUAAUGCGAGAUACAAGAUGUUGGUCCACGUGCGAACACACACGAACGAGAAACCGCAUCACUGUUUCCAAUGCGACAAGAGUUUCAGCAGAGCGGAGAACCUGAAGAUCCACGCCCGUUCUCAUACGGGUGAACGUCCAUACGUUUGCCCGGUCGAAGGCUGUAACAAGGCGUACUCGAACUCCUCGGACAGGUUCAAGCAUACCAGAACUCACGCGGUGGAUAAACCGUAUUGCUGUAAAGUACCGGGAUGCCCCAAGAGGUAUACCGACCCGUCCUCCCUGCGCAAACACGUCAAGACGUACAGGCAUUAUGUGAACAACAACGACAAGGUCCAAGAGAAAAGUUUCGACGAGAACAACUCUCAGGAAAAGAUCAGAUUGGUUGACAGCACGUCGCCGGAAAAGCAGAGCAGUAGCACUCCGUCCGAGUCCGAAAAGAAAGACAGCAGCAUCGAGAGCAGCGUGUCGGGAUCUAGUCCCAAGGCGAGCAACAGCUUCGAGGAGCAGAGGAGCUUCGUCGAGUGGAACAACAUGUAUAAUCUCCAAGAGCAACGCAAAGAACAGGAACAGGUCACGCCCGUAAAAGUUUACGAACAAGAGAUGAAGAUCUAUCCGAGGAUCUACGACGAGAACAGUUACAUAAUACCGGAGAAGAUUCAAGUGAAUCCCAUGUACGUUUCCAACAAUCCGGUCAUCAAGGAAAGUCCUAUGGUGCAGUCGCCUCAGACGAGUCCGCGUCGCGUUCCCGACGUUCUGCCGUGUAUCGGAAUGCAGUCGACUCCCAUCAAAACCGAGGAACCUAUGGAGUGCACGAACAAAGUCAGUACGGUCGACUACCGAAACAUCGAGUCGAUCAUCAGCGGUACACCCUGCAAGAAAGAGAACACGAUAGUUUGCGACCCGGUGAGAAAUUCUGUGAUAAAACGAGCGGACGACUUAAAAAUGGAGAUCGAGCAAAUGCCGACGAAGGACGAUGUCUGCAAGGACACUACCGAUUGCUGUUGCCGUCACAAAUGUUGCGUGCACAGCAACGAGAACAUCCUGGAGAAGACAAAGAUCCUUUCGGAUCUGAUCCUCAAGGCACAGAAUCCUUUGUUCAGACAUUUGUUGGGCACGGUGGAUCUGCAAUACGGACUGCAAAAUAUGUGGGGCAACAUCGUGGACACGAACAACAGCUGUGGACAAGAUCUUCGAAUCAAAAACGAGAACGUUGUCGAAAUGGAACAAGAUCUUCCUCUGGAUUUGACGAUCAACAAGUAAACCAGAGCUUUUUCUGUAGCGAAGAAUUCACUUUUCAGGUUGUGAGAGGCUGAGCUGCCUCAAACUACCGGCCGUGGCUCGCGUUCAACGUUGUCAAGGUCGUCCUGCGUGCCUUAAAACGAAUCUGCCUUGAAAAUUUAAGAAUAUUCCGACGGUGAAAUGAGUUGUUGAUUCAGGGCGACCUUGAACGUUCACAAAAUUGAGUCAGUACCAACUCGAACCACGGCCGGUCUUUGCUUCCGCAGAUUCUACGACAAAUCGGUUUCUUUUUUUUUUUUAAUUAGUAGGAACGUUUGAGAAGCGAUAUCUUUUAAUUCGAUGUUCACUCUGUUUGCGGAUUAUCUAGAAAUAGCUCGACAAAAAAUAAGUAGACGCGGGAAGUAAAUGUACCGGUGAUAAAGAAGAAAAGAUUGCCGUUGUGAUUAGACUGCGAAAAGCCAAAUAUGUCAAUACCGUUGUAAUACGCGUCUAUCGUACGACGGAGUCGAAAUAGGAAACUAAGAUCGAACGAGACUUGCUCAAUCUUAAUUCGUUAUCGAUUACCCAGCCUCAGGGGCACGAUUAAGGAAACCACGAAGUUAGAUCGAAUAGUCAGGUAUAAACAUGUUUGCAUCGAAAUCACAAAUAACAGUAUGGUUGAUAAAUGAACUCCCCUGUAUAAUACGUGCGAAAGAAAUAUCCCGGUAUACUAUGCUAAACACCUAUGUAUAAUAUGUAUAUAAAAAUAUAUUAUGUGUAAGACGUUCAGAAAGUGUUAAAUGCGUGGAGGAGGAACGUGCGUGCAUUUCUGCAAUGAAAAGAGCGUGUUUUAACGACAUUAAACUAUUCAAUAAAAGCACAUUAUUUAUGUAAAAAAAUGUUUAUUAUCUUUUUUCACGCCAUAUAACAAGUUCCUUUUCCCUCCUUCGGUAAAGCAAUACAUGAUUUAACGUUGUUUCGUCCGUUUGAAAAUACCAGUGAAAAAUUCAGUCGUCUUUUAUAUCGACAGAAUAUCAAAAUUUACAAUAUCGUUUUUGAUCGAGAUCCGUGUCUUUAGACACGACUAUAAUUCGUGUCGAUUAAAAAAUAGAUGUACAAUAAAUAUGGCAGCAAAAUACGAAAGUACAGAAAUUUGUGUUGCUUUCAUGUCGUACGACCAUAACAAGCCGUAGAGAUUAUUUUGAAAAAAAAAAA